GAUGUUUUGGCGUAGUUUGUUUGCUUCACGGAAACCUCCAUUUGCAUGGCUGAUGCAUAAGGCUCUCCUUGAUGUCGUCAACGGCCAUCGUUCCUGCUCAACGUGAAUCAACUUUCAUCAGAGAACAGCCCUGAGGCCCACCGGUUUCUCGUCCAGCAUAAAUGCUCCCUGGCCCGUGCAGGACAAUGCAGCCUGUGCCUGGUGGUGUGGUCAGAGCACUGUUCACAAUAAAGGAGACAGGAGGCAUCAGUUUCAGAGAGAGCACAUGAAGGUUCAGAGGUCAGCAGUUCAAUAAAUGCUCCACCUCCAUCAAAGGUGAUGCUCUGAAUGCUGCUGCUCCUCCUCCUGCCUCCAUCGUAGGUGAAGUUCUGACUCGUUCCAAGAAGCUGCUCUGGUGCCUCUGAGUUUGUUUUGUUCAGACAAGUCUUCUUCUGGUCUGUGACUUGCUGAAAGAAACCCUACAUUUGUGUGAGCUGAUGUGAACUGAGCAGCAUGGAUCAGUGUGAGGACAGAGAGGACAGAGUCCCUCCAUCUGAAACCACUCUGUGUGGAGAACAUGGGGACCAGAGCAAAGCUCAGAGGAAACUACCUGAACCAGAGCCUGAAUCUGGACCUGAAGCCAGCUGGGUGUCCUUAAAGAGCAAUGAAUCAAAGGGUAUUAUUAUUGAAUUUAAAUCAGAGCAACAUUCAACUGCAAACAGAGUGGACCAGCAGAACUCAGACGUUCCCAGUGGUCUGUCUACCCAGCAGCAUCAGACACAGCUGGACUCCAUAUUUAUGCUGCUGGAGGACAACAUUGUUACUUUUGUGAAGAACGAGCUGAAGAAGGUCAAGAAAGUUCUGAGUCCAGAUUACCAAGAAGGUUUAGAGAGUAAGUGGAGAGAUGAGGAGGUGUUGGAAGGUGAUGAUAAAGAGGAUAUAAGGAGCAGCAGAGAGGCUUUUGUGAAGAUCACAGUGAACUUCCUGAAGAAAAUGAAGCAGGAGGAGCUGACUGAACAUCUGCAGAGCAGUCUUUCACACUCAGUUUGUCAACGUAAACUUAAAUCUGGUCUGAAGAAGAGGUUCCAGUCUAUGUUUGAGGGGAUUGCUGAAGCAGGACGUCCAACCCUUCUGAACCAGAUCUACACGGAGCUCUACAUCACAGAGGGAAGGACCGGAGAGGUCAAUGAUGAACAUGAGGUCAGACAGUUUGAAACAGCUUCCAGGUCACAAGACAGGCCAGAAACAACAAUCAGACAAGAAGACAUCUUUAAACUCUCACCUGAAAGAGAUCAACCAAUCAGGACAGUGAUGACAAAGGGUGUGGCUAGCAUUGGGAAAACAGUCUUAACCCAGAAGUUCACUCUGGACUGGGCUGAAGACAAAGCUAACCAGAACAUCCAGUUCAUAUUUCCAUUCACCCUCAGAGAGCUGAAUGUGCUGAAAGAGAAAAAGUUCAGCUUGGUGGAACUUGUUCAUCACUUCUUUACUGAAACCAAAGAAAUCUGCAGCUUUGAGGACUUCCAGGUUCUGUUCAUCUUUGAUGGUCUGGAUGAGAGUCGACUUCCUCUGGACUUCUACAAAAUGGAGAUCCUGACUGAUGUUACAAAGUCCACCUCAGUGGAUGUUCUGCUGACAAACCUCAUCAGGGGGAAACUGCUUCCCUCUGCUCGCCUCUGGAUAACCACACAACCUGCGGCAGCCAAUCAGAUCCCUCCUGAGUGUGUUGCCAUGGUGACAGAGGUCAGAGGGUUCACUGACCCCCAGAAGGAGGAGUACUUCAGGAAGAGAUUCACGGAUGAGGAGAAGGCCAACAGAAUCAUUUUCAACAUGAAGACAUCACGAAGCCUCCACAUCAUGUGCCACAUCCCAGUCUUCUGCUGGAUCACUGCUACAGUUCUGGAGGAUGUGUUGGAGACCAGAGACGUAGGAGAGCUACCCAAGACCCUGACUGAGAUGUAUAUUCAUUUCCUGGUGGUUCAGACCAAAGUGAAGAAGGUCAAGUACGAUGUAGGAUCUGAGACAGAUCCACACUGGAGUCCAGAGAGCAGGAAGAUGAUUGAGUCUCUGGGAAAACUGGCUUUUGAUCAGCUGCAGAAUGGAAACCUGAUCUUCUAUGAAUCAGACCUGACAGAGUGUGGCAUCAAUAUCAGAGCAGCCUCAGUGUACUCAGGAGUGUUCACACAGAUCUUUAAAGAGGAGAGAGGGCUGUACCAAGACAAGGUGUUCUGCUUCGUCCAUCUGAGUGUUCAGGAGUUUCUGGCGGCUCUUUAUGUCCAUCAGACCUUCAUUAACCAUGGUGUCAAUCUGAUAGGAACCCAAAAAAACAUGUAUCUUACAUCUAGAUUAUUUAACAAACCAAAUCUAACAAGUCUCCAUCAGAGUGCUGUGGACAAGGCCUUACAGAGUCCAAAUGGACACCUAGACUUGUUCCUCUGCUACCUCUUGGGCCUUUCAGUGGAAACCAAUCAGACUCUCCUAUGAGGUCUGCUGACAAAGACAGGAAGUAGCUCACAGACCAAUCUGGAAACAGUUCAGUACAUCAAGGAGAAAAUCAAUAAGAAUCUGUCUGCAGAGAAAAGCAUCAACCUGUUCCACUGUCUGAAUGAACUGAAUGAUCGUUCUCUGGUCCAGGAGAUCAAACAGUCUCUGAGUUCAGGAAGUCUCUCCACAGAUAAACUGUCUUCUGCUCAUUGGUCAGCUCUGGUCUUCAUCUUACUGUCAUCAGGACCUCUGGAUGUGUUUGACCUGAAGAAAUACUUUGCUUCGGAUGAGGCUCUUUUCAGGCUGCUGUCAGUGGUCAAAGCUUCAAACAAAGUUCUAAUUAUUCUUAUUCAUUUUAAUCUCUGUCUCUUCAGAUUGAUGAACUGUAACCUCUCAAAGACGAGCUGUAAAGGUCUGGCCUCAGUUCUCAGGUCCCAGUCCUCUAAUCUGAGAGAGAUGGACCUAAGUAACAACAACCUGCAGGAUUCUGGAGUGGAGCUGCUGUCUUCUGGACUGAAGAGUCCACACUGCAAUCUGGAAACUCACAGACUUAGAUCCUGUAACCUCUCAGGGAGAACUUGUGAGGUUCUGUCAUCAGUUCUUAGCUCUAAGUCCUGCUGUCUGAAAGAGGUUGACCUGCAGAACAACGACCUAGAAGAUUCAGGGGGGAUGUUGCCAUGUGGCUCAGAAUGUACACUGGAAAUAUUCAGAGUGGACCAACAGAACAUCCCCAGUGGCCAGUCAACCAAUCAGUAUCAAACACAGAUGGACUCCAUAUUUAUGCUGCUGGAGGACAACAUUGUGACUUUUGUGAAGAAGGAACUACGACAAAUCCAGAAGGUUUUGAGUUUUGAUUACCCAGAAUUUUCAAUGAGUCCGGUGGAGAGUGAGGAGAGGCUGGAGGAUGAAGAUGAAGAGCAGAGGAGGAGCAGCAGAGAGGCAUUUGAGAAGAUCACAUUGUAUUUCCUAAGAAGGAUGAAACAAGGCAACAUGGCUGACUGUCUGCAAAGCAAACUUUUUGCUGCACUUUGUCAUCGUAAACUUAAAUCUGGUCUGAAGAAGAGGUACCAGUGUAUGUUUGAGGGGAUUGCUAAAGCAGGACGUCCAACCCUACUGAACCAGAUCUACACGGAGCUCUACAUCACAGAGGGAGGGACUGGAGAGGUCAACCGAGAACAUGAGGUCAGACAGAUUGAAACAGCUUCCAGGUCACCAGACAGGCCAGAAACAACAAUCAGACAAGAAGACAUCUUUAAACUCUCACCUGGAAGAGAUCAACCAAUCAGAACAGUGAUGACAAAGGGUGUGGCUGGCAUUGGGAAAACAGUCUUAACAAAGAAGUUUACUCUGGACUGGGCUGAAGACAAAGCUAACCAGAACAUCCAGUUCAUAUUUCCAUUCACCUUCAGAGAGUUGAGUCUGCUGAAAGAGAAAAAGUUCAGCUUGGUGGAACUUGUUCAUCACUUCUUUAAUGAAAUAAAAGGAAUUAGCAAUUUUGAACAGUUCCAGGUUCUGUUCAUAUUUGAUGGUCUGGAUGAGAGUCGACUUUCACUGGACUUCCACAAAAUGGAGAUCCUGACUGAUGUUACAAAGUCCAGCUCAGUGGAUGUUCUGCUGACAAACCUCAAUUUUAUGCUUGAAAUUUUCAGAGAGCCUGCUGGAAUCCGAUGGUUGAAACCAGGUCUGAGGAAGUACUCCUGUCAGCUCACAAUCGACACAAACACAGAGAACAGAAGACUCCAACUGUCUGAAGACAACAGGAAGGUGACACAUGUGGAGGAGCUUCAGGCAUAUCAUCAACAUCCAGACAGAUUCGAUGAGUGGCCUCAGCUGCUGUGUAGUGGUGGUCUGACUGGUCGCUGUUACUGGGAGGUAGAGUGGGAGGGAGGAGUUUUUAUAUCAGUACGUUACAGAGGAAUAUGCAGGAAGGGAUGCAAUGAUGACUGUGUGCUUGGGUGGAAUGAUCAAUCCUGGAGUCUACACUGCUCUGAGGAUCGAUACUCUAUCUGUCACAAUAACAGAGGAACACCCACCUCCUCCUCCUCCGUCUCUAACAGAGUAGCAGCGUAUGUGGAUUGUCCUGCUGGCAUCCUGUCCUUCUACAGAGUUUCCUCUGACUCACUGAUCCACCUCCACACCUUCAACACCACAUUCACUGAGGCCUUCUAUGUUGGAUUUGCAGUCUGGUCUCCUGGUUCCUCGGUGUUUCUGUGUUGAAUUGAGCAGAAAGAGCAGAAAGUAAAAAUAAAAUGGCUUUACUCAUAAAAUUUUGCAAAAACAGCCUCUUUACUGAGAGAAAAACUAUUUAAACCAAUAAUUCAGUCUGUGCAAGUCUCUUCUUUUCACUCACCAAAAUAUGUUCAAAUUGAUGAAUAUAAUCUGUUUCUGUUUCAUGAAUGAAAAUUAAUCUUAGUCCUUUAAAGAUGAAAUCUUAGCUUAUUUUUCAGACAUUUCAGCAUGAUUGUGUUUAUGCUGAAUUGCACCCACAAGUUGAUUUAUUUUAACUUCAUAAAUGUGUCUGUUUUCUUUAUUUCCCCAAAACAUUUUUAAUCACAAAAUAUUGUAAUAUAAAUGUGAGAUUUUAAUAAAAAUAUUCAAACAAAAACCUUU